AUGGCAGGCGGCAAUGCCGCAUACAAAAACGCCUAUGUUGAUUUCGCCCACAUCCAGGACCCAAACGAGCGUCGUCGUCUCGCGCUCGCAGAGAUCGACAAGGCGCCUUUUGGAUGGUACCAUGUGCGCGCCGUCGUGGUGGCCGGGGUAGGAUUCUUCACCGAUUCGUACGACAUCUUUGCUGUUUCGCUGCUCACGACCAUGAUCGGUUAUGUAUACUCGAAUAAGACCAAGGGUGUUCUUCCCACGCCGUCAGAUACGGCGAUUAAGGUUGCUACGUCUGCUGGUACCGUGGUGGGACAGUUUGGCUUUGGAGCGCUGGCUGAUAUCGUGGGGAGGAAGAGGAUGUAUGGGCUUGAGUUGAUUGUUAUUAUUGUUGCGACUUUGGCGCAGGCUCUUACUGGACCUGGGCCUGGAACUGAUAUUAUUGGACUUCUUAUCUUCUGGCGUGUUAUUAUGGGUAUUGGAAUUGGUGGUGAUUAUCCUCUUUCAAGUAUCAUCACAUCCGAAUUCGCCACAACUAAAUGGCGUGGUGCUAUGAUGGGUGCUGUCUUUGCUAUGCAAGGUUUCGGCCAAAUGACUGGUGCUUUGGUCAUGCUCUUCUUGACCCUUGGAUUCAAGGAGUCUCUUCUUACUGCAAAGUCUGCAGCUACUUGCACCGGUGUCUGUGCCUUGGCCGUUGACAAGAUGUGGCGUGCACUAAUCGGGUUCGGCGCUGUACCUGCAUGCAUUGCCCUCUACUAUCGUCUUACCAUCCCCGAGACUCCUCGAUACACCUUUGAUGUUGCUCGCGAUACUGAGAAGGCCAAGGAUGAUGUUGAGGCCUAUAUUGCUGGAAAGCAUGAAGGUAUCCCAGACACCGUUGCUCAGGCUACCGCUCUCCGCGAAUCUGAGCAAUCAAUGGCUAUCCCCAAGGCCAGUUUCAGAGAUUUCAUCGCUUACUACGGACAAUGGAAGAAUGGAAAGGUUCUCUUUGGUACGGCAGGCUCAUGGUUCCUGCUCGAUGUCGCCUUCUAUGGUCUCUCUUUAAAUACCGCUACUGUGCUCACUGCCAUCGGCUACGGAACUGGUCCCCACGUCUACCAAAUUCUGUACAACGUCGCUGCUGGUAACUGUAUCCUCAUCUGCGCCGGUGCCAUCCCUGGUUACUGGAUGACAGUCGCAACCGUCGACACCAUUGGUCGCAAACCAAUCCAACUAGGUGGAUUCAUCAUUCUCACCAUCCUAUUCAUCGUCUGGGGCUUCGACUACAAACACAUGAAACCACACGCCCAUCUCGCCAUGUACGUGCUCGUACAAUUCUUCUUCCAAUUCGGCCCCAACGCAACAACCUUCAUCGUCCCCGGCGAAUGCUUCCCAACCCGCUACCGCUCCACCUCGCACGGCUUCUCCGCCGGAAUGGGCAAAAUCGGCUCCAUCAUCGCACAAGCCGGCAUCGCGCCCCUGCGCACGCGCGGCGCGUCCGCCAAGGCCGGCGCCUCGCCGUGGCAGAACCACGUUAUGCAGAUUUAUGCCCUGUUCAUGUUCCUGGGUAUCUUCACGACGUUGUGUAUCCCUGAGACGAAGCGUAAGACGCUCGAGCAGUUGAGUGGCGAGGAGCCGAGUCUGCAUGGGGAGGGGGAGCAUGAUCACCAUCAUGAUGUGAGUAGGGAGGUGGUGGAGGGGAAGGCGAGUCCGGUGGGGACGGAGGAGGCUGCUGUUGAUGCGUAG